GCUCACUCCUCAAGAUGAGAGCUCUCACAUACACGCUACUGUUAGUGGCUUUCGCGGCUGCGCUAGCAGUCCCAGUGCCCCAGGAUGUGGCAGAGGCGACCCGGGAGAAGCGCUCCCCGGGCGGCUGGCACCAGCCCGAGGGUGUGUGGAAGAAGAAACUCGUCUGGAAGGAAGAGUGGAAGCAGAUCUGGAAGACCGAGAAAAAACUAGCCUGGAAAACAGAGUGGAAAAAAGAAAAAGAACCCGCCUGGAAAACGGAAAAAGUACAACAGUGGAAAGAAGAACAAGUACCCGCUUGGAAAGUAGUACAGAAACCGAUCUGGAAGGAAGUACAAGUACCCAUCUGGAAGGAAGUCCAAAUACCAGACUGGAAGAAGGUGUGGAAACCAGUAUGGAAGGAAAUCAAAGUGCCGGUGACCAAGACUAUCCAAGUCCCCGAAUGGAAACAGACUUACGUCCCGGAAUGGGUCAAGGAGGGCGUUCCCGGAGAGAAGUUCUUAGGCAAAGAUGACCAUGGAUGGGAAUAUACCAGCCACGAUUUAUGGCGAAAGAAGAUGAUCUGGAAGCCCGUAUGGAAGAAAGUCUGGAAAACUGAGCACAAACAGGAAUGGGUGACUGACAAGAAACUAGAAUGGAAAGAAGAAUGGAAACAAAUCUGGAGAACAGAGAAGAAACAGGCGUGGGUGACGGAGAAGAAGCAGGAAUGGAUAGAAGAGAAAGUACAAAUUUGGAAGACGGUAAAGAAAGAAAUCUGGGUGCCGGUACAGAAGAAGAUCUGGGUAGAGAAGUGGAAGCAAAUUCAGUUACCAGUAUGGAAGACUGUUGAGGUUCCAGCGUGGAAGAAGGUAUGGAAACCGGUCUGGCAGAAAGAGUGGGUGCCGAUCCACCACGAGCACCACGGAUGGGACUAAAUAGGUAACCACUUUCAUUACU